AUGACCAACGCGCACCCAGCGUUCCGCCAGGCCGAGAAGCACUUCAAGAACCGUGCGACGCACGCGCUGCCCGCGCUGCGCAACGUGCCACCAGCCCUAUGCAGGCCUGUGCUCGACCUCUCGCGCCCCGACUCGUGUGAGGACGACGAGGUGUGGCUUGCAGGCUGGUGGGGACGAGCGUACGAGCCGCCCGUCACUGGCCAGAGGCCGCGAAAGACGAAGGAACGCCCGCGCGGCGAGCGGGCCCCGCACCCAAACCACGAAGCGGAGGGCGUACGCUCUAUCAGUCUCGCUGAUGGGAAGAUAGGCUAUGUCGUCUCCGACGGCUGCGUGUUGAUACCGGGCCACUUUGAUACUGCGGCUCAAGAGGCGCUCCUCACCGCGUCGUUGGCCGAGUACACGCGCCCACCUAAUCCGCUGAGUCUCGAUACGCACUACGCUCUCCCAAUCAACAUGUUUGAGCUGUACGCCUCUGCACCCGACAGACCCGUUCUGCCGCGCCACCUCGAGCUCGAUGAGGAUGAGCGCGCCUCACGCACGGAGGAAGCGCAGCGGACAGCUGGCACGCGGCCACUCAUCGAAACUGCGCCGGCGUUCACGAUGGGUUUUGACGAGGUCAAGCGCCGCAACGCGACGUGGACGGGCGACGCGAUGAGUCUCAAGGCUGGGACCAAGAGCGUCGGGGCGCUCAUGAAGGAGAUACGCUGGGCCAACCUCGGAUGGGUGUACCAAUGGUCGACCAAGUCGUACGACUUCUCGACAGACACACCGAUCCCGUUCCCGCCCGAUCUGGCCAAGCAGUGCCGCGAGGUUGUCAACAUCGUCCCCUGGGACCAGGUGUAUGCCGGCACCGAGGCCGAGAACACGCCUAACUUUGCAGCCUGGUCGGAGGACUACGAGCCAGACACCGGCAUCGUCAACUUCUACCAGCUGAACGACACGCUCAUGGCGCACGUUGACCGCUCCGAGCUGGACAACAGCAGGCCACUCGUCUCCAUUUCACUCGGCCACGCGGCUCUCUUCCUCCUGGGCUCUGGUGACCGCGCCGACCCGCCACGCCCGCUCAUACUCCGUUCUGGUGACGUGCUCAUCAUGUCUGGUCGCGGACGGCAGGCGUAUCACGGCGUUCCGAGGAUAUUGGAGGAUUCGCUCCCUGCGCAUUUGCGUCCUCGAGAAGACGACUCUCCCACUCUCGCUGCCGUAAAGCGGUGGAUCUCGACCGCCAGAAUCAACGUCAAUGCGCGUCAGGUCUUCCCGCCCGGCUUCAAGCCCGUCGCAUGA